AUAAACGACGUAGUUUUACCUGGAAAAUAGUAGAAAUAGCUGGUGCUGAUGGAUGGCUUAUUCGUUUGAAAUUUACCUCUACGGAUUGAAGUUAUGUAACAGGAGACAACACGACGUCGUCGUGCGUCGGCAAACUUAAAAACACCAUCUUAAGCAACCCGGCAAGUUUCCCACUUCUCCUUAAACCCUAAACCCCACAAUGUUCUCAACGGUCCUCCUCCAGCGCUCUAAAACCCUCUCGGAUCUCCUCCGAUCCCGUAUUUUGACUCGACCCAUGGGUGGUGGUCCUCGGACCUUCCCCGGCGGCCUAAAUAAGUGGCAAUGGAAGCGCCUUCAUGAGAAAAAAGCCAAGGAGAAAGAGAGAAGACUCCUCGACCAAGAGAAGCAACUUUACCAGGCUAGAAUCCGGUCCCAAGUCCGGGCCAAACUAGCCGGGAAGCCCGACUCGAGUUCAAAUACAACAAAAUAUAACCCCAUGAGCCCCAACGACCACAUCAAAGCCCUAGCUGAUCGGUUCAUGAAAGAAGGGGCGGUGGAUUUGUGGAACGAAAACGACGGUCCAUUGAAAUCAGAGGAACAGGAACGGCCACGAAUCAUUGAAACAACAAGAAAUCAACGGUCAGGGUCAAUCUAUUCACCGCUUGACGUGAAGAAACUGAUAUCUGAUAAACGUAUGCAAAAUGCAAAAUUCAAUGUCGUUAAUAGUAAUCAUUUUGGUAAGAGUAGGAGUUAUUCAGUUCAGAGUAAAGGGAAAUUUAGGGUAAAUGAGAGUUCUUUUGGCAGGAUUCCGUUAGACUUGGAUUCAAAGGAUGAUUCUUUGAAGCAUUCGGGGCGUAAUAUAGAGCAGAGGAGGUUUAAGAAGAAUGAGAGUUCUGCUAGUCAACGUGAAUCUGAUUUUGUUUCGAAUGAUAAUUCGAUGAAGCGUGUUGAUCAGGGUGGGCUUGGUGGGAACCGCGAGAAUGAGAGUCCAAGGAAUUUUAGGAAGUUUAGAAAGAGUGGUAAUGGUUUGGAGAGGAGGAGGUUUAGGAGGAAUGAGAGUUCAUCGAGUGAUGAUGAAUGGGAUUCAGAUAUAGAUGAUGAAGUGGAAGGAGUGGGGGGUGGGAGGGAUGUUAGGAAGUUGGGGAGUAGUGCAUCGUUGGGGAAGUAUGAUGUGAAGAUAACAAAGAGAGUGCCACUAAAGGAACUUGAGAAGGACAUUGACUUUUCGGAGCAAGUGGAGUUGCUUAGGAAGGAGUUGGAUAAGAAGAAGUUGGCAGAAAAUGAUGAGAAGAAGGGGGAGGGAGAAACUAUUUAUAGUCAAAAAAGAUUUGAUGAGUGUGGUAUAUCCCCAUUGACAAUCAAGGCACUCUCUGCAGCUGGAUAUUUUAAGAUGACUCGAGUACAGGAGGCAACUCUUUCUGUUUGUCUUGAGGGCAAAGAUGCUUUGGUCAAAGCUAAAACUGGCACAGGAAAAACUGCAGCUUUUUUGCUUCCAGCAAUUGAAACAGUUUUGAAGGCUGCUAGUAGUAAUACUAUUCAGCGAGCGCCUCCAAUAUAUGUUCUCAUUCUUUGCCCCACAAGAGAACUUGCAAGUCAGCUAGCUGCUGAAGCAAAUGCUCUGCUGAAGUACCAUGAUGGCAUAGGUGUCCAGACUCUAGUUGGAGGAACACGUUUCAAAGUUGAUCAGAAACGCCUCGAAUCAGACCCAUGCCAGAUAAUUGUUGCAACGCCUGGGAGGUUGCUGGAUCAUGUUGAGAACAAGUCUACCUUGUCUGUGCGUUUGAUGGGACUGAAAAUGCUUAUACUAGAUGAAGCUGACCACUUAUUAGACCUUGGGUUUCGGAAAGAUGUUGAGAAAAUUGUUGAUUGUUUACCCCGUCAGAGGCAGUCCUUGCUGUUUUCUGCAACAAUUCCAAAAGAGGUUCGUCGAAUAUCUCAGCUUGUUUUGAAAAGGGAACAUGCCUUCAUUGAUACAGUGGGUCUGGGCUGUGUCGAAACUCAUGAUAAGGUUAAGCAAUCUCUUCUUGUUGCACCACAUGAAUUGCACUUUCAGAUAGUUCACCAUCUUUUGAAGAAGCAUAUAUCUCAAGCACCGGAUUACAAGGUCAUUGUUUUUUGUACAACUGGGAUGGUAACAUCACUCGUGUAUUUGCUUCUCCGAGAAAUGAACAUGAAUGUUAGGGAGAUCCAUUCCCGAAAACCUCAACUUUAUAGAACUCGUAUCUCUGAUGAAUUCAGGGAAUCUGGAAGACUAAUUCUUGUUACAUCUGAUGUAUCGGCACGAGGAAUGGAUUAUCCUGAUGUCACUUUGGUUAUUCAGGUGGGUAUUCCUCCUGACCGAGAACAAUAUAUACACCGCCUAGGAAGAACAGGACGGGAAGGCAAGGGUGGAGAAGGUAUCUUGUUGAUUGCACCCUGGGAAGAGUAUUUCUUGGAUGAAAUUAAGGACUUGCCUCUCGAGAAACUCUCGUUACCACAUAUGGAUCCGGAUGUCAAACAACAGCUGGAGUUUGCAAUGGCAAAGAUUGAUGGUAGUAUCAAAGAAGCAGCAUAUCAUGCUUGGCUUGGUUAUUAUAACUCAAUCAGAGAAAUAGGCAGGGAUAAAACGACACUUGUUGAGCUGGCCAACCAGUUUUCUAUGUCAAUUGGUCUACAAAGACCUCCUCCUCUCUUCAGGAAGACAGCCAUAAAAAUGGGUUUGAAAGAUAUACCCGGAAUCCGAAUCCGAAAAUAGCAGUGAUUAAAGUAGUUUUAUGCAAGUUGUUGAGGAUGAAUAUUUCCUGAGACGGAUAUCCAAUGGAUGCAAUUGCCCUCAUUGAAAAAUUCUAACUUCUAAGUUUCAACUG